CAAGUCGUGACGUCACUACGAAAACGGCUUCCGGGAAAGGGCAGGUCACGUGACCGCUGUCGGAAUCGGCGAGUAAAGAGAGAAUCGGCACGGCAAUAUUGCCAAUAUUGUUAAAAAUGAACGCAAAAGACUCUGAUGACCAGAACCCUUCAUGCAAAAUUAUGACCUUCAGACCAACAAUGGAAGAAUUCCGAGACUUCAACAAGUACUUGGUGUAUAUGGAGUCUAAAGGUGCACAUCGAUCUGGUUUGGCUAAGGUGAUUCCCCCAAAAGGGUGGAAGCCCAAGAGGCAUUAUGAUGACAUAGAUGACCUUGUGAUCCCUGCUCCAAUCCAGCAGAUGGUGACAGGACAGUCUGGUCUCUUCACUCAGUACAAUAUUCAGAAAAAGCCAAUGACUGUCAAAGAGUUCAGAAGACUCGCCAAUAGUGAUAAAUACUGCACUCCAAGAUACAUGGAUUAUGAUGAUUUAGAAAGGAAAUAUUGGAAAAAUUUAACUUUUGUUGCUCCAAUCUAUGGUGCAGAUGUCAAUGGGAGCCUUUAUGAUAAAGACAUAGAUGAGUGGAAUAUUUCACGUCUAAACACCAUUCUGGAUGUUGUAGGAGACGAAUGUGGGAUUUCCAUAGAGGGGGUCAAUACACCUUAUCUCUAUUUCGGAAUGUGGAAAACUACAUUUGCUUGGCAUACUGAAGACAUGGAUCUGUACAGCAUAAACUACCUCCACUUUGGCGAGCCCAAGUCAUGGUACUCUAUACCACCAGAACACGGAAAGAGACUGGAAAGGCUGGCUCAAGGUUUCUUUCCCAGUAGUUGUCAAGGAUGUGAUGCUUUUCUCCGACACAAAAUGACACUUAUAUCUCCUUCAAUACUAAAGAAGUAUGGUAUUCCUUUUGACAAGGUUACACAAGAAGCUGGUGAAUUUAUGAUCACUUUCCCAUACGGGUAUCAUGCCGGGUUCAAUCAUGGCUUCAACUGUGCCGAAUCAACAAAUUUUGCUACAGUCAGAUGGAUUGAUUACGGAAAAAUAGCCAAACUGUGUUCCUGCAGCAGCGACAUGGUGAAAAUAUCAAUGGACAUAUUUGUAAAAAUGUUUCAGCCAGACAAGUAUGAGAUUUGGAAGCAAGGAAAAGACAUUUAUACUAUUGACCACACAAAACCUACUAUUGAAACGACACCAGAAGUGAAGGCAUGGAUGAGUAAAAGGAGGAGAAGAAUGAAGAAUGCUUUGAAGGGCCUUCAGCAUACCACAUCUCGUUCUAAGAAGCUUAAGACUCAGGAGGACAAGAAAGUAUCAGCCAUGGUAGAAAUCAUAGCUACUGAAGCUGCUACAGAUGGUUUCAAGGUCAAUGAAAAACCCACAGAAAAUGCAGUGCUAGUAAACAAAGAAGUGCCUUCAGGGGAUGAGAAGAACAUUAGAGAAGUGCAUCUGGAUCACAGUUUAUUGAAUAAUAUCCAGGCCCCAGGUGGACUUUCCCUUCUUUUGGAUCAAGGCACAAAACCAGAAGAAAUAGACAACUGUGACCUCAGUUUGGCCGCCUCAGGGCUGGCAGAGUUGUGUGGUUCUCUUGCCCAGCCUGCUCCAGUUAAAGUAGAAGACAGCACAGAUAUCCAGGAAGAAAAUGAACAGAAAUCAUUCAUUCAGCCACAAGUGUAUAAUUUUUCCGAGGCUGAGGUGUUUGAGAAAGAAGAGACUAGCAGCUUUUCAAGUGGUGGUGAUGAUGAUGAUGCCAGUGACCUUGAGGUUGCGGAUUGUGGCCUAGAACCUGGUGAAGUUCCCAUUUUGAUGAAUGAUGGGCAGCAGGACUCUGAGCAAAGCAAUUUGUGUGGUUGGUCAGAAAGCAAUGGGAAAAGACAACAAAGAGCAAAAAGUUGGAGACUUCCUCUUGGCAAGCCUCCGUCUAGAUCGCUGAUGACAGUGGUUAAACAGCAGGCAACUAGUGAUGAAGAAUUUCAGGAGUGUCCUGGUGUACCAACUGAAGAGAGUGAACCUUGGGCAAAGCCUCUUCGUCACCUCUGGCAGUCCAAGGUGCAGAGUUUUGCAGCUGAAAGGGAGUAUAAUGAAUCAAUAGCCAAAUUGAAGCCAUAUUGCGCUAUCUGCAGUCUUUUUUUGCCUUACUACAAGUCGGAAACUUAUAAUGAUGACGUGCAAUCUUACUGGGAGACUGCGUCAAGCGAAAUACUGCCACAUGAGUCAAAAACAAAACCUCUUAUCCCAGAAAUGUGCUUCCUAUACAGUGAAGAGAACACGGAACAUGCGCCCACAAAUACAUUUAUUGAUGGGGAUGGAAAAAGUCAUCUCAUUGCUUGCACAAUGUGUUGUGUACAGGUUCAUGCAAGUUGUUAUGGUGUUCCUUCCCAUGAAAUUCAUGAUAGAUGGAUGUGUUCUCGAUGUAGAAAUGGAGUUUGGACAGCAGAAUGUUGCCUUUGCAGUCUGCGAGGGGGCGCUCUUAAGCAAACAACAGAUAAUAAAUGGGCACAUGUAAUGUGUGCGAUUGCUGUCCCAGAAGUAAAGUUUGAAAAUGUGAUGGAGCGAUCUCAAAUAGACACCAGCAGAAUUCCCCUUGAGAGGUUAAAAUUGAGAUGUGUUUUCUGCAGACAAAGAUUUAAGAACUCUCAUGGAGCUUGUAUCCAGUGUUCAUACGGUCGCUGCCCCACAUCCUUCCAUGUGACCUGCGCACAUGCUGCGGGGGUCGUGAUGGAGCCUGAUGACUGGCCCUUUGUAGUGUACAUCACAUGCUUCAGGCACAUGAUCAAUCAGAACCUGAGACACAAAUCAGCCAAGAAGAAUAUAAAUAUUGGACAGACUGUGAUUGCGAAGCACAGAAAUACCCGAUACUACAGCUGCAAGGUUACAGAAAUAACCUCCCAGACCUUCUAUGAAGUAGAAUUCGAUGAUGGAUCUAUCAGUAAGGACACAUUCCCUGAGGAUAUUGUUAGCAGAGACUGUCGGAAGCUAGGUCCACCUUUACAGGGAGAAGAUGUCCGGGUAAAAUGGCCUGAUGGGUUACUUUAUGGUGCAAAAUACCUUGGAUGCAACAUUGUCUAUAUGUACAAGGUUGAAUUUGAAGAUGGGUCACAAAUUGUGACAAAGAGAGAAGAUAUUUACACAAUGGAUGAAGAACUUCCUAAGAAGAUCAAAUCUCGUUACUCCAGAGCAUCGGACAUGAAAUUUCAAGAUGCGUUUUAUGGGGAAGAAGUCAUUAACGACAAAAAAAGACAGAGAGUACUGAAUGUUAAGUUCAAGAAUGAAUAUGUUGAUGAUCCCGGAUAUCGCACAUUUCUCAAGAGUUCAUUCCAAAAGAAAACCCACAAGGGACAGUAAUGGACUAAUACAACAUGCAACUGAAUAGACCCAAGUUUGCGAGAGAUUUGUUACUGCAUUUGCACUACACCCAUAAAGUAGUACUUUGGACUGAAAGGUCAUUCUGGUUCAACUCCUUGUCAUAAUUCCUGUUCAUACAUAACAUCUACUGGCUUGCAGUGGAUCCUUGUCAUCAUUGACAUUACAUUGUCUAUUAGAUACAUGGCCAUAGUACAGCACUUCUUCAACUAAUGGUGUUAAAGAGCUAUUCCCAUCAUAUACAGUGGGGGCAUAUCACUAAGAUAUUCCCCCAUUGUCUGAUAGGUGCGGGUCCCACCUCUGGGACCCGCACCUACAAGGAGAACAGAGCACGGAGAGCUGUGGCUGGAGGACCCCGGGUCCA